AUGGGGGCAACAAUAAGGAAUGCCUCCGAGUACAUGGAGAAACUGAAGAUGAACGAAGAUAAAGAGAAGUUUGCCAAGUCUAUAAUGCACAAAAUGUCAAUUGAACAACUAUCUGAUCUGGUUUCUUUUUGCCACAAAAUGGGACAGAUUUGCUCUGAAGCAUUACAGAUGAAGCUUACUAGCUUCAUGGACGAACCUACAACCGUCAUUUAG